AUGACUUUCCUGGAAGACAGAGACCUUCACGAUGUUCCUGCUAUACCAGAGUAUUACAGGGGGAAGACCAUUUUCAUAACCGGUGGCACAGGCUUUAUGGGGAAAGUGCUAAUAGAAAAAUUACUCUACUCGUGUACAGAUUUGGAUAGAAUUUAUCUGCUGAUCAGACCUAAGAAGGGGGUGAAGGCGGAAGAUAGGCUGGCUGAACUAUAUGCGUCAUCAUGUUUCGAUCGUCUCCGAAAGGAAAAACCGGGUGUUUUCGAAUCCAAAGUUUACUUCAUAGCUGGAGACUGCAGUGAAAUGGGACUAGGUUUGUCAGCGGAAGACAGGAUAUUGUUGAUAAAUAGAAUUAACAUUAUAUACCACGCUGCUGCUAGCGUGCGAUUCGACGAUCCAUUGAAAGUGUCUGUGAAACUCAAUCUCCGAGGCACCAUAGAGUUAAUCGAAUUAGCUAAAGAAGUGCAAUAUUUAGAGAGUUUAGUCCACAUAUCUACGUCAUACUGCAACACCAACCGUGACCCCAUAGAGGAGGUCAUGUACCCCCCUCACGCUGACUGGAGAGAGAUGCUGGAGAUAUGUGAGAACAUUGAUGACCAUACUCUGAACAUUCUGACUGCCAAAUACAUCGGACAAAUGCCAAACACAUAUUCAUUCGUCAAACAAUUGGCUGAUAACAUGAUAUUUGAACAAAAAGGACAUCUCCCUGUAGUGAUAAUCAGACCGUCUAUUGUUAUAUCAACCUACCGUGAACCGAUGCCAGGAUGGAUCGAUAACUUUAACGGGCCAGUUGGUAUUAUAGUCGCUUCUGGAAAAGGAAUACUUCGCACUUUGUACGCCAGUGAAGAAAAUUUAUUAGACUAUAUCCCAGUGGACAUAGCUAUCAAAAGUAUUAUAGUAGCAUCAUGGAUUAGAGGAACCAAAAAAGUGGAACCAACAGAUGACAUUCCUAUCUACAACACGUGUAACAACAACAUGACAUACUCCUUGUCUGUGAAAGAUAUGAUAAAGUAUGGCCAUAAACAUAUCAAGGAAUGGCCUAUUGAUAAUAUGGUUUGGAGCGCUGGUGGUACCAUCAUACCUAUUAAAUCUUUACAUUAUAUAACAGUGAUAUUACUACAUGUGUUACCCGCUAUUUUGCUCGACACAUUGUUACGGUUGGCCGGAAAAAAACCAAUGGUGUUGAAACUUCAACGUCGCAUAUAUGCCAGCAACAUGGUCUUAGCACUGUACCUAACCAAACAGUGGACAUUCUCCAUCACGAACUUUCUGCAUCUUCGGACAAAGAUAAAGGAGGAAGAUAAAGAACACUUUUACUAUGUGAUGGAAGGAGUUGACGUAGAGAAUGACUACUUCCUCAACUGCAUUAUUGGUGGUAGAAAAUAUUUACUGAAGGAGAAGGACGAAGAUCUACCUAAAGCCAAAUCACAUUACACGAGAAUCACUCUUUUCGCGAAUGUGGUGAAAUAUCUGUUCUACGGCUGGCUGCUCUGGUGGUUUAUGCACACUGGUUUUAUGCGCAAUAUCUUAUUAACGAUAAAUAAUAAUUAUGUCAAAAUGUAUGAUUUAUAA